UGUCAGAGAUGCAGGAAACAAGUCCCAACCUUGAUCUGCUCGAGCGGAAAUCAAGUGGGAGCUCUUCGAUAGUACACAAGGACAGCGGUUAUGAUAGCGAUGCUCCGAAUGCAGACCUCAGUGCUGUUCAGAGCAAUGUCUCGCGAGAUUCUCAAAUCCUUUCGACCAGUAAAUUCGGAGAGGGUACGCUUUUCGACCGACUGCACAAUGACCUAGACAGCGCUGCCAGUCUCCCAAAACAAACAGGAUCCACUAGCAUAGAUUACCUUCCCAGUAGAUCAAAUUAUGAGGAUACGGGGGUGCCAGACGACGACUUCACACCUACAAGCGAGACGCGGCUAGCUGACAAGAUUGCAUCAACAGGCCAGCUCAUCGAUGGUCAAGACGCUAUUUACGAGAGCUUACAGAGAAGACAGUCCAUUCAGAAACUGAACUUUUUCGAUAGCGCGUAUUUGAACAAUGUCGAACAGCUGAAAAUGUCGCAAAUGGAGUUACUGGUGCGGCUUGCACGGGAUAAUCAGCAGUCUUUUUCGGAAUUUGAAAAUGUUUGGACGGACUACGAAAAUAAGGAGUUUGAUAUUAAUGAGAGUAAGUUUUUCAAUGCAAUGGAAGAGAAGAACGAAGCUGCAGAAGAGCAAAUAGACGCUUUGAAACAGCAGAUCUUGAACAUGGAUGCAUACACCAAACAGCUCUGGGAGCAAGCAAAGUCGUCCUGGAAGUCCGGAAAAUAGCCGCACAGCCCGGACGGUUUCUUGCGGAGAACAGUUUUCCAGGGUACUUAAAAAUACAUAGUGAAACCGUGGCGAAUGUCGGAUGGUAAAAAACAUUCGUGGCGGUGCUCGAUCAGUUCAUAUAUAAAAUAAUUGGAAUCUCAAUUAAAACAUCAGAUAAUAUAACUUAGCAAUUAAAAUAAUGAGCUCGCCAUUGGAAUUACCUGCUUGGAAGAAAUUACAAGCUAUCUAUGACGAUUAUGGAAAGACCUUUUCGUCGAGAGAUGCGUUCGCUUCCGACCCAAACAGAUUCUCAAAGUUCUCUCAAAUCUUUGAGAACUACGAUGGGUCCAAGAUUCUUUUCGAUUUCUCUAAGAAUUUGAUCGACGAGAAGAUUCUCUCCUCGCUUAUUGAGCUCGCUAAGGAGGCCAAGGUCGAGAAACUCAGGGACGAGAUGUUUGCCGGUGUCCACAUUAACACCACUGAGGACAGAGCUGUGUACCACGUUGCCCUCAGGAAUAGAGCCUUGAAGCCCAUGUAUGUCGACAACGUCAAUGUCACUCCAGAGGUUGACUCGGUGCUGCAGCACAUGAAGGAGUUUUCAGAGCAGGUCAGAUCCGGCGAAUGGAAGGGAUACACUGGAAAGGAAAUUACGGACAUUGUCAAUAUCGGCAUUGGUGGAUCGGAUUUAGGUCCGGUGAUGGUUACGGAGGCUCUCAAGCCAUACGGUCAUCCAAGACUUUCUGUUCACUUUGUGUCCAAUGUUGAUGGUACCCACAUUGCUGAGACUUUGAAAAAGUGUAAUGCAGAAACCACGUUGUUCCUGAUCGCUUCAAAGACUUUCACCACUGCAGAGACUUGUGCCAACGCAAACACUGCAAAAAACUGGUUUUUGCAAAGAGCAAAGGACGAAGCCCACAUUGUGAAGCAUUUUGUUGCCUUGAGUACCAAUGCCUCUGAAGUCGCUAAGUUUGGUAUCGACACCAAGAACAUGUUUGGUUUCGAGAAUUGGGUUGGUGGAAGAUACUCUGUGUGGUCUGCCAUUGGCACCUCUGUGUGCCUCUACAUUGGUUAUGACAACUUCGAAAAGUUCCUCAGAGGUGCAGAGGCAGUCGACAACCACUUCACUACCGCCCCUCUGGAGAAGAAUAUCCCAUUAAUUGGAGGACUGCUGACCAUCUGGUAUAAUAACUUCCACGGCGCUCAGACUAAACUGGUGACUCCUUUCGACCAGUACAUGCACAGGUUCCCUGCUUACUUGCAACAACUGUCGAUGGAAUCUAACGGUAAGUCAGUCAGUAAGGACUCGAAGUUCGUCAACUAUGAAACUGGUAUUGUUCUCUUUGGAGAACCAACCACCAAUGCUCAACAUUCGUUCUUCCAGUUGGUCCACCAAGGUACCAAACUGAUUCCAGCCGACUUCAUUUUGGCUGCCAAGUCGCAUAAUCCAAUUGAAGGAAAUCUGCAUCAAAGAAUGCUCGCCUCGAACUUCUUCGCUCAGGCUGAGUCUUUGAUGCUUGGAAAGACCAAGGAACAAGUAGAGGCUGAAGGCGUCUCUGGUGAUCUUGUGCCACACAAAAUGUUCUCCGGUAACAGACCUACGACCUCGAUUCUUGCUCAGAUGAUCACGCCUGCAACCUUGGGAGCCCUGAUCGCUUACUAUGAGCACGUGACAUUUGUGGAAGGUGCUAUUUGGGGAAUCAAUUCAUUCGAUCAGUGGGGUGUGGAGCUCGGAAAAGUGCUUGCUAAGGUCAUUUUGAAGGAACUCGAGAAUGAAAAGCCUGUUGAGUCCCACGACUCAUCUACCAGAAGCUUGAUCAACCAAUUCAAGGAGUGGGCUUAGUUUUAUAGAUAAAUUUUCGUUAGUCUAUUGAAUGAAAAACGUUACA